UGUCUUUCACAGAUGCCCCUGCUCAUGCCCCUAGACUGAAGAGGACCAGGAAUGUCCAUCACGUGAACCGUCACCACAAUGUUCCGGCCGAUGAUAACCCGGUGAGACAUCGAUAUCGAUGUGACCCAGAACAUAAAUGCGUUUGCUGUGUACUGACCCAUCCUCUUGAUAUGGGGCGAGUUCGCAACCAUGGCUGAUCGAUGACGUCGUUCUUGACUUGACAACGAUUAUUUGCCCAAGAUUCUAUUUUGCAACAACCAUUUAAACUUCUUGACAAAUCAUUCAGGCAGCCUCGCGUGCAUUGUUCUUUCCCUGUUUCUCCGCUUUGGGACUCGAAGCGCAACCCAACAACAACCCCAGAAAGUUGCAAAUCUCCUUCUUCCAUUCCAGCAUACCAUGAGACUUGGAAGUAGAUAAGCCUCAGCAUGGAUCCAAGCAUCCAACGAGCUCUCAAUGAUAAGCUCUAUGACAAGCGGAAGGUCGGCGCUCUCGACCUUGAACGUGUUAUUCGAGAUCUUGCCGCUGCUAAAGAAUUCGAGAGGAUCAAGAAGAUAAUAGAGCAACUUUGCAACGAUUACGCCUAUGCAGUGCACCAGCCUCACGCCAGAAAUGGAGGACUUAUUGGGCUUGCCGCUGCAGCCAUUGCUCUAGGACCAGAUCUAGCACGUUAUCUGGACGUUAUUGUUCCUCCAGUACUCGCUUGCUUCACCGACCAAGAUGCAAGGGUCCGUUACUAUGCAUGUGAAAGCAUGUACAACAUUGCCAAGGUAGCAAAGGGUGAGGUCUUACCCUACUUCAAUGACAUCUUUGAUGCUCUAUGUAAACUUGGCGCAGACUCUGAGCUUUCCGUCAAGAACGGUGCUGAGCUCCUGGACCGACUGAUAAAGGAUAUUGUUUCAGAAUCUGCAGCAAAUUACGUCUCUAUCCUUCACGCCUCUGAAGAAUCAGCGACUGAAACUGACAAAGAGACCCCGGAUGCUUCUGUUGACACGCCCACGGCUUUCUCACUCGCACGUUUCAUCCCACUCCUAAAAGAGCGGAUCUAUGUGAUCAAUCCAUUUACGAGAACUUUUCUGGUUGGCUGGAUUACCCUACUUGAUUCCAUUCCAGACCUUGAGCUUGUCUCAUACCUUCCAGAAUUCCUCGGUGGUCUAUUCAGGUUUCUCAGCGAUCCGAAUCGUGACGUACAUGUAGCGACACAAGGGGCGUUGGAAAGAUUUCUGAGCGAGAUUAAGCGUAUCUCUCGGGUCAAAAAAGGGCUCGAAGAGAGUCGGAAAUCUCGAAGUGACGGAAAACGCAAACGAUCUGGCUCCAUGGACAGCGAGAAUUCAGUCGCGCCCGAAGGAGGAGCUGAUGAGGAUGAUGAUGAGUCGACCACUGCCGCCGACAAGGAGGAAACCACCGAUGAAGAUGAUUGGGUUCCAGGGCAGGACGUCCAAGUACGAUUUAAGGAGAUCUUAGAGAUCUUGACGGCCAAUCUUGAUAGUCCUCUCGAAGAAGAUAGUCUGCUUGAAUCGUUGAGAUGGAUAGUAGACCUUCUUGACAUAUGCCCCGAGGAAGUUCUACCUUUUGCGCCUAAAAUCCUCGCCCAUCUUCUCCCUGCUAUGGCGAGUGGCGUGGAAUCCAUUCGCCAAGCGGCUUCACGAGUAAACACGUCCUUAAUGGACUACGUGGUAUCCCUUGCGGACGAAGGAGCACCCUCGGCAGCCCCUUCAGCUGGUCCUUCUAGGAUUCCCACUUCCAUCGUCAAGGACUCCGCUAACAACGAUCGGAGAGACUCGUCCACCAACACCCGUGGGUCUAUUUCGAAUUCGCGGGAACUAGACAGAAGAGAGUCAGAAGUCCAGACUCCACCUCCACCGUACAAGACUCCAACACCAACUUCGCCGUCUCAACCUUCUCAACCACAAGUUGAGCUGGACUAUGCUGCGGCUGUUGCUUCUCUGACAUUAUUAUUCUUGAAUGACCACGAAGCUACCAGGGUUGCGGCCUUGACGUGGCUCCUCAUGCUUCACCGAAAAGCGCCGAGAAAGGUGCUUGCAUUCAAUGAUGGGACAUUUCCAGCCCUGCUCAAAACGUUGUCAGAUCCGGCUGAAGCAGUGGUCACUCGAGACUUGCAGCUAUUAUCUCAAAUAUCACGAAAUAGCGGCGAUGAUUAUUUUUCUUCCUUCAUGGAGAAUCUUCUCCAACUCUUCUCAACGGAUAGGAAGCUACUUGAGACGAGAGGGAACUUGAUUAUUCGACAGCUUUGUAUCAGUCUGAGUGCCGAGAGAAUUUACCGGACUCUUGCUGAUUGCAUAGAAAAAGAAGAGGAUGUGGAGUUCGCAAGCAUCAUGGUACAGAAUCUAAACAACAAUCUCAUAACAGCUCCAGAGCUUGCCGAGCUUCGUAAGAGGUUGCGAAACUUGGAGACUAAGGACGGACAGACCUUCUUCGUUGCACUAUUCAGAUCCUGGUGCUACAAUGCCGUUGCUACUUUCUCGCUUUGUCUUCUUGCACAAGCAUACGAACAGGCUUACAACCUUUUACAGAUAUUCGCAGAGUUAGAGAUGACCGUAAACAUGCUCAUUCAGAUCGAUAAAUUAGUCCAGCUUUUAGAAUCUCCCGUUUUUACAUAUCUUCGAUUGCAACUUCUAGAGCCGGAAAAGUAUCCUCACUUGUACAAGUGUCUUUAUGGUCUCCUCAUGUUGCUUCCUCAGUCAUCAGCUUUUGCAGCGUUGAAGAAUAGACUCAAUAGCGUGAGCGCAAUAGGCUAUUUGCAUAUCGCACCUCGAGCCGCGCCAACAAAUGCUGGUCCAUCUAGCUUCGACAGGUCAAGUCGACUAAAAGGCAGGGAUGAGGCUGGAAUUCGAUGGAAUGAAUUGCUCGAGAAAUUUAGGAGUGUCCAAGAGAGAGCAAGGAGAGCACAGAGACCAGGAGGUGACUUUGAUGAUAGAUUGAGCGAAGUACGUGUUGGUGAUGGUCUGGAUGUGAGAGCUUUCAAGGAUCUGGCACGUUUACAAGGGCCACCUCUACCAGUGAAGGACACACCGGCAAAUCCUUCAGGUGGUCAACCAGCUGCAAACAAGUCGAAAUCAAGCCUGGGGAAGUUUGGACGGCUAGGAGGAGCUGUAUCUGGUGGUCGACCAAAGAGAUGACUGUAAUGGCGUACACGAAACGUUAAUCAAGCAGGAGUAUAAUGCAUGGACGUUUGGUAAAUAAUUUCAUUCAAGUCCUAGUUUUCUUCGGACUUUCUCGUUCCACUAAACCCUCGAACAUGGCAUCUCUUUCAAGUGUCAAAUCUCGAAGCUCAACCCUAAGGCGUUCUAAUUCUAGCCUAGCCAAAUCUGUAUCUUGCGGAAGACCAU